UUGCUGCGAUCUCGCGAUAGUUGACAUCAGUGGCGGCUGUGUGGCCCCUGUCUCGGCUCGGACGGAGUUGUUUCUGACGUUUGAAUGAAAAACUGAGGGAGUUACCUCCACUUUGGACCAGAGGAAUAAUGGCUUCUGCCUUGGAGCAGUUCGUGAACAAUGUGCGACAGCUCUCUGCUCAAGAUUCUACCUGUCACACCUGACAGAGGCGGGUCCAGCUGGAUGAGAUCUUCUGACCUCUGGAUGCAGGCCAGAUGACUCAGCUGUGCGAGCUGAUCAACAAGAGUGGGGAGCUGCUGGCCAAAAACCUGUCCCACCUGGACACGGUGCUGGGGGCUUUGGAUAUCCAGGAGCACUCUCUGGGGGUUCUGGCCGUGCUAUUCGUGAAGUUCUCCAUGCCAAACAUCCCCGACUUUGAGACGCUCUUCUCCCAAGUCCAGCUCUUCAUCAGCACCUGCAACGGGGAGCACAUCAGAUAUGCAACAGAUACGUUUGCUGGGCUCUGCCAUCAGCUGACAAACGCCCUGGUAGAACGGAAACAGCCUCUGAGGGGCAUCGUCAUCCUCAAACAGGCAAUAGACAAAAUGCAGAUGAACACAAACCAGCUUACCUCAGUCCACGCAGACCUGUGUCAGUUGUGCUUGUUAGCUAAGUGCUUCAAACCGGCUCUGCCCUUCCUGGAGGUGGACAUGAUGGACAUCUGCAAAGAGAACGGCGCCUACGAUGCAAAGCACUUUUUAUGUUACUACUACUACGGCGGGAUGAUCUACACAGGCCUGAAGAACUUUGAAAGAGCACUGUAUUUUUAUGAACAGGCGAUAACCACUCCAGCCAUGGCGGUGAGUCACAUCAUGUUGGAAGCCUAUAAGAAGUACAUCCUGGUUUCUCUCAUCCUCCACGGGAAGGUGCAGCCGCUGCCCAAAUACACCUCACAGAUCGUCGGGAGGUUCAUCAAGCCCUUGAGCAACAUCUACCAUGAGCUGGCUCAGGUCUACACCACCAACAACCCUGCAGAGCUGCGCAGCCUGGUCAGCAAACACAGCGAGAGCUUCACGCGGGACAACAACACCGGCCUGGUCAAGCAGUGUGUCUCCUCCCUCUACAAGAAGAACAUCCAGAGGCUAACCAAGACCUUCCUGACGUUGUCUUUGCAAGACAUGGCGAGUCGAGUUCAGCUCUCAGGUCCGCAGGAAGCGGAGAAAUACGUCUUACACAUGAUUGAAGACGGGGAGAUCUAUGCUAGCAUUAACCAAAAGGACGGCAUGGUCUGUUUCCACGACAACCCCGAGAAAUACAACAACCCCGCCAUGCUCCACAAAAUCGACCAAGAGAUGUUGAAGUGUAUAGAGCUGGACGAGAAGUUAAAGUCUAUGGAUCAGGAGAUCACUGUAAACCCUCAGUUUGUGCAGAAGAGUAUGGGGACGCAGGAGGACGAGGUCGGUAGCAAAACGUCCAGUUACUCCUGAGAGGCCUGGGAUGGAGGGAACGCCGCAGCCGCCCAGCACCUUCUUCCCGGGACGAGCUGGGAGUUUUAAGAGGAAAACAAACACUCUGUUGCAUAAGGACUCUGGUUAGGGAAAAUCUAAAUGUGUGGAUGAUCAAUUUGGUUCUUCUGACGUCAGCGUGUCUUCAGGAUGAGCAGCAUCCUUAGAAAGGAAACAUCCCUCUGUCAUUGUUUUAUUUAUCAGUGUUCCGGAGCGCCACACAAACCACCACAAUAAAAGCUGGACUGUUUGUUCCAACCGUGUGUGAAUGAUCUCACUGUCCUCCGGACUCGCACCUGAAGACACCUGGAGGCGCCACGCCUGCUGCGGACAGGCUCCACAAGCACGCUGUUCCCGCUCUGAUCGCUAGAGGGCGCUGUACAGGGAAGGGUUCGAUUCCAGCGGAGGAAGCCGCUCUGCCCUCCGGAGCGUGAACGUUGCUGAUCUGUUAAUAAAUUGUUUCAGAACAAA